UUGGCAGGCGUAUAUAAAAACCAGAAAUUGGAAAAUUAUCUGGAAAUUGGUUAUAUAUCCUGUAAUUUAAUCGAACUGAAAUGUCAUACAUGUGCCAACUAUUACGCAGCUGUUGAACAACACACUAAUUUUGGCGUGACUGUUUUCGUCAACAAUUAUUUAAUAUCAAAACAGGAUUUGCCAUAGAUAGAGAUGAUGAGGACAUUAAGCUUGUUUUUACUGUUUCUAACUAUUGAUGGGGGAUACUGUUGUUCAUGUUAUCCAAGUCAUUCACAGACGGCCUUUUGUGGAAGUGAAGUUGUUAUCAAAGGCAAAGCAAUCAACAGAUAUAGAUCAACACCGAAAGAUCUUCCGGUGAACAAUGGUCUAUAUCCGGGAAUGUAUGACAAUGUCGUCUAUGAGGUUGAAGUUAUUGAGGUUUUUAAGCUUCCAACACAAACAGAUAUAAAAGUUGGGGAUACUGUCCAAGCUGUUACGGGAGACGACGGGGCAAUGUGUGGUGGUAAUCUUCCGUUAAAUACUGACAUAUUGAUCACAGGUCAACAAGAUGGGAAAAGUAAGCUUAGGUUUGGUUUAUGUAAUUUCAAUGCAGCGUUCAGCUCUCUGACCAAUGUUCAGUUGGAAGGUAUCCGAGGACAGUAUGAUUGCAAGUGUAAAAUUAACCCAUGGCAAGGUGAUCCCACAAAGAAAAUGGACACUUGUUAUAUGGAUGAGUUUCCAGGUUAUAAUACAAUGUGCCUAUCGGAAUUCGGGCGAUGUAGUCAAGACAAAUCUGGAGCAUGCAACUGGGAUGUUGAGCAGAAUAACAGAUGCAGAAAUCCUACACGAAACUAAUUUCCAAAAGUAGCUAAAUAAAAUAUUGAAGAUAAGAACCAUAUGUUGUAGAUGUGAAGUACAUCAAUAAAAACAAUUUCUAACCUAC